AUGGGACGGGAUCACGGGCACGGUAACACCAACGUACCGGGUGCUCUGCACACCGAGGGCGAAGGCCAUCAUGAGCUAAAAGACCACACCGAGGAGCUAAAAAAGGAGCCCAAAGAGCAUAAGGGUCACAGCAAAGACCACCGGAAGGAGCACGGCAAUGAGCACGGUCACGGAAAGGGUCACGAGAAGGGCCAUGACAAGCACAAAGAAGGGCACAAGCACUAG